AUGUCUGAACUGUAUAAUGAUCCAUUGCCAUCAAGUGAUGUCCCUACACCUGUCUUUAAUUCUGCAGAAGCGAAUGUUGAUACAUCUGGUAAGACUUCUGUUACUUUAGGUCUUAAUGUUGAAAAUCCUGCUGAAACCCUAGGUUUAAAGGAUCCUGUUGUGUCUGAAAAAUUGGGGAAAACUGCUCCUAAACCCCCUACUGCUGUUAAUACUGAUAUUGGUGCUUCCACUGAGACCAAUGAGGCUGUUGCUACUGAGUCUCUCAAGAAAACUACUCCUGAGACUCAUGUUGCGCCUAGUGAAAAUAUUGAGGAUCAUUCUGAGUCUGAUGAGAGUCCUCAACCUAAGUCUGCUAAUAAAGAAACUGUUCCUAAUAAGGUUGUAGAUGAAAAUCCUGAGGUUGUAAUUGUUAAUGAAACAACUGUGAGUGAAAAGCUUGUCAAAGAAUUUUUGAUAAAUGUGGCUGACAACUGUAAUGAUCCUGCAAGUCCUGAAUACAGGCAGGUAUUUGUUCGUGGUAAAUGUGUUAAGUUCUCAUCAACUAUAAUCAACCAAUAUUUGCAAAGGGAUUCUGAUGAAGUGACUCCUCUAAAAGUCACAGACAAUGAGGUCUGCAAGGUCCUCACUGGUGGAAGAAUCAAGAUGGGUGAUCCUUGUUAUAAAGCACCUGAACUUUUGCUGGGUUUUACCAACUACUCAACUGCAGUUGAUAUCUGGUCUAUGGGCUGCAUAUUUGCUGAGAUGAUUAAGUUCCAACCUCUGUUUAUUUGUAACGAUGGACCGAAGAUAUUGACCGAGAUAUUUUGUUUGCUUGGCAUGCCAACAGAAGAAAACUGGCCUGGUGUGGCUUCUAUGUGCAGCUUUAUUGAAUUUGAAGCAUUUGACCCUCCCAUAAAGCCGAAGGACCUUGCAGCUGAAUUCCCUAAGCUUGAACCAGAUGGUCUUGAUCUUCUUUCGAAAAUGCUUUGCCUAUGCCCAAAUAGCAGGAUUUCAGCUGAGGAAGCUGAUGACAAAAUUAGCAAGUGUACUAAUUUAUCGUUAAGUAAUAAAUUAAAUUCGUAUCUGUUGGAAUAUAGAAUAAAAGAAUAA